CAUAGUGUAAAAAUUAAAUAGUUGGCAAGGGUGCUCGGUGACAGAAACUGCGCUCCUGGCCGGUUUGUCUCAAUCAUGUGUCUGUGCUCUUACACCGAAGUAGAAUACUUUUCCCGUUAUUUUUAAAGAUCAAAAUAGUUGUUGAUCAUUCUUUCGAGGUAGCAUUGUUUAUUGUAAGUUGUCGCAACUUCUGCUGCAAAUGGAUAAAUGGUGCAUUACACCACACUUAUAAAACUUGCGCAUAUAGUACACUAACCUCACCUCAGCUCUAAAUCGAUAUGCUCGUCUGUUAAUUUUUCUUAUGGAAAGGAGAAGCUGUUCAUUGUUUUAUUGGUCAGUUUGACAAAAAUGGAUGACCAACAAAUUUUAGCACUAAGUGUCAUUAAAAUAGAAAAGGAAGAAUACGAUCCAAAAGCACAUGAAUUUUCAGUGAAAGAAGAAAAAAAUGCAGAGGAAGAAGAAUACGAUCCAGAAGCAUGUGGAUUUUCAGUGAAAGAAGAAAAGGAUGCAGAGGAGGCAGAACUAGAACCUCCAACUGCUGUGUUUAUUUCGCAAGUCGAGAUAAAACAAGAAGAGCCUGAACAGGAAUACAAUGACCCUCUGGCCUUCACAUGCAAAGAGAUUUCUAAUGCUGCAGUGAAGGUGGAGGAAUGCUCAGACGACUCGUUUAAG